CGCGCAUGCGCUCAAAGUGUCGGGAGGAUCGGCGUCAGGUUAGCAACGACAAAGGAUUUGUGCAGAGGAAUCUCAAACACAACAAUGGAUCAGUUUUGCUGUCUCUGUCCAGAUACUUAAGGAGUGACUAGCUAUUUCCUUUGUAACACCUAUGUAUCUGCUAUUGAUCCUCGGUGACAACGUUAUCUCAUCCCAGCUGGUAUUGUUCUUUGUAUCUGAAAUGAAGUUUUCAGUUGUAAUUCAGUGGCAUUGACUGGAAUCAGGGUACUGAGAACCCACCAGCAUUUGUUCACAAGAGAUCGGUCCUUCAACUGCAUUGACUGUGCGAGGGAUUCACCCACUCAUCCCAACUGGAGACACACCAGCGAGUUCACACUGAGGAGAGGCUGGUCACCUGCUCAGACUGUGGGAAGGGAUUCUGUCAAUCAUUUGACCGACAGAGAGACCACGAGUUCACACUGGAGAGAGUCUGUUCACCUGCUCAGAUUUUGGGAUGGGAUUCAUCCAGUCAUUUAAAGCACAGCGACACCAACGAGUUCACCCAGGGGAAAGGCCGUUCAUCUGUUCUGAAUGUGGGAAGGGAUUCACUCGGUCAUUUCUGUUGAAGGUACAUCAGCGACUUCACACUGGGGAGAGGCCAUUCAGCUGCUCAGACUGUGGGAAGGGAUUUACUCAGUCAUCUCAACUACUGGCACACCAAUCAGUUCACACUGGGGAGAGGCCGUUCACCUGUUCAGAAUGUGGGAAGGGAUUCACUCGGUCAUUUCUACUAAAGGUACAUCAGCGAGUUCACACUGGGGAGAAACCAUUCACUUGCUCAGACUGUGGGAAGGGAUUCACUCAGGCAUCCCAACUACAGAGACACCAGUCAGUUCACACUGGGAAGAGACCAUUCACCUGCUCAGACUGUAAGAAGACAUUCACUCAGACAUCUGACCUCCUGGCACACCAGCGAAUCCACACUGGAGAGAGGCCAUUCAUUUGUUCUGAAUGUGGGAAAGGAUUCACUCACUCAUCCACUUUACUGAAACACCAGCGAGUUCACACUGGGGAGAGGCCAUUUAUCUGUUCUGUGUGUGGGAAGGGGUUCUCUCAGUCAUCCGGCCUACAGACACACCAGCAAGUUCACACUGGGGAGAGGCCGUUCACCUGUUCAGACUGUGGGAAGGGAUUCACUCGGUCAUCUCAAUUGAAGGUACAUCAGCGAAUUCACUCUGGGGAGAAGCCAUUCACCUGCUCUGACUGUGGGAAGGGUUUUACUCAUUCAUCUGACCUACUGGCACACCAGCGAGUUCACACUGGGGAGAGACCAUUCUCCUGCUCAGAAUGUGGGAAGGGAUUCACUCAGUCAUCCAAUCUCCAGAGACAUCAGCGAGUUCACACCGGGGAGAGGCCGUUCACCUGCUCAGACUGUGGGAAGGGAUUUAUUCAGUCAUCUCAACUGCUGGCACACCGAUCAGUUCACAACGGUGAAAGGCCAUUCACCUGUUCAGAAUGUGGGAAGGGAUUCACUCAGUCGUCUCAACUGAAGGUGCAUCAUCGAAUUCACACUGGAGAGAAACCUUUCACCUGCUCAGACUGUGGGAAGGAAUUCACACAAUUAUCCACCAUACAGAGACACCAGCGAGUUCACACUGGGGAGAGACCAUUCACCUGUUCUACGUGUGGGAAGGGAUUCACUCGGUCAUCCAGUCUACAGAGACACCAGUCAGUUCACACUAGGGAGUAUUCAUUCAACUGCUCUGACUGAGGAAAAGGAUUUAGCCAGUCAUCUCAAUGACUGGCACACCAGUCAGUUCACACUGGGAAAAGGCGGUUCACCUUUUCUGAAUAGGAAGAGAUUCACUCAGUCAUCUGAUUUACAGAGUCACCAGUCAGUUCACACUGGGGAGAGGCCAUUCACCUCCUAUGACUGAGGGAAGGGAUACACUUGGUCAUCUGACCUACAGAGAUACCAGUGAGUUCACACUGGGGAGAAACCAUUCAGCUGUUCUGAAUAUGGGAAGGGAUUCGCUCACUCAUCCCUUUUUGUGACACACUGAUAGACUAUUGAGUUCACACUGAGGGAAAAGUUUAAAUCGGCUGCAUGCUUGAUAUUUAGCCAUUAUAUUGUAGCUGUUGAAUCGAGAGCCAAGUCCAAAAGUGACCUUUGGUGUUGAACUCUAAAAUCAUGGCUGCAUUCACAUCUGCACCCUGGUCACUGGGCAUGGGAGGAAUUUCUUCUGUUAAUUUUUAAUGGAACUACAUUUUCUUAUUCUGGAUCUGACUAAUAAAUCAGUUCGAUUAUAAACCCUG